GACAAGGUACCUCAAGCUGAGGAUAAAGUUCCUCACGCUGAGUACAAGGAAAAGGUUCCUCACGCUGACGAUAAUGUUCCUCACGCUGAUGAUAAGAUUCCUCACGCUGAGGAUAAGGUUCCUGACGCUGAGGACAGGGUUCCUCACGCUGAGUACAAGUUUCCUCACGCUGAGGACAAGGUUCCUCUCGCUGAGGACAAGGUUCUUCACGCUGAGGACAAGGUUGCUCACGGUGCGGACAAGGUUGCUCACGCUGGGGACAAGGUUCCUCACGCUGAGGACAAGGUUCUUCACGCUUAGGACAAGGUUCAUGACGCCGAGACAAGGUUCCUCACGCUGAGGACAAGGUACCUCAAGCUGAGGAUAAAGUUUCUCACGCUGAGUACAAGGACAAUGUUCCUCACGCUGACGAUAAUGUUCCUCACGCUGAUGAUAAGAUUCCUCACGCUGAGGACAAGGUUCCUGACGCGGACGAUAAGGUUUCUCACGCUGAUAAUAAGAUUCCUCACACUGAGGUCAAGGUUCUUCACGCUGAGGACAAGGUUCUUCACGCUGCGGACAAGGUUCUUCACGCUGAGGACAAGGUUGCUCAAACUCCUGUUUGACUGCACUUAAUUGAUUUUCCCGAAUUAACUUGUUGAUUUUUUCUUGCAAUCGUGUAUUUGCUUCAGUAUUUCCGUUUUGUAUGGCUCUCUCUAAGGUUGCUCACCCGGAGGACCAGGUUCCUCAAGCUGACGAUAAGGUUUCUCACGCUGAUAAUAAGAUUCCUCACACUGAGGUCAAGGUUCUUCACGCUGAGGACAAGGUUCUUCACGCUGCGGACAAGGUUCCUCACGCUGAGGACAAGGUUCCUCACGCUGACGAUAAGGUUCCUCACGCUGAUGAUAAGAUUCCUCACGCUGAGGACAAUGUUUUCCACGCUUCGGACAGGUUCUUCACGCUGAAGGCAAGGUACCUCGCGCUGAGAACAAGGUUUCUCACGCCGAGGACCAGGUUCUUCACGCUGAGGACGAGCUUCCUCAAGCGGAGGACAAGGUUAUUCACGCUGAGGACAAGGUUGCUCACGCCGAGGACAAGGUUCCUCACGCUGACGAUAAGGUUCCUCACGCUGAUAAUAAGAUCCCUCACCCUGAGGACAAGGUUCCUCACGCUGAGGACAAGGUUCCUCAACGCUGAGUAUAAGAUUCCCACGCUCACCCUGAGGACAAGGUUCCUCACGCUGAGGACAAGUUUCUUGCCGCGGAGGACAAGAUUUAUCACGCCGAGGACAAGGUACCUCACGCCGAGGAGAACGUUGCUCGCGCCGAGGACAAGGUUCCUCACGCUGAGGACAAGGUUCCUCACGCUUAGGACGAGGUUGCUCACCCUGACGAACAGGUUCCUCAAGCUGACGAUAAGGUUCCUAACGCUGAUAAUAAGAUCCCUCACCCUGAGGACAAGGUUACUCACGCUGAGGACAAGUUUCUUGCCGCGGAGGACAAGAUUUAUCACGCCGAGGACAAGGUACCUCACGCCGAGGAGAACGUUGCUCGCGCCGAGGACAAGGUUCCUCACGCUGAGGACAAGGUUCCUCACGCUGAGGACAAGGUCCCUCAAGCUGGGCACAAGGUUCCUCACACAGCGGACAAGAUUCCUCACGCUGAGGACAAGGCUUUUCACGCCGAGGACAAGGUUCAUGACGCUGAGGAUCAAGGUUCCUUACGCUGACGACAAGGUUCCUCAUGCUGAGGACAAGGUUCCUCACGCUGAGGACAAGGUCCCUCAAGCUGGGCACAAGGUUCCUCACACAGCGGACAAGAUUCCUCACGCUGAGGACAAGGCUUUUCACGCCGAGGACAAGGUUCAUGACGCUGAGGAUAAGGUUCCUCACGCUGAGUACAAGGACAAUGUUCCUCACGCUGACGAUAAUGUUCCUCACGCUGAUGAUAAGAUUCCUCAAGCUGAGAACAAGGUGCCUGACGUUAAGGUUGCUCACCCUGAGGACCAAGGUCCUCAAGGUGACGAUAAGGUUUCUCACGCUGAUAAUAAGAUUCCUCACACUGAGGUGAAGGUUCUUCACGCUGAGGACAAGGUUGUUCACGCUGAGGACAAGGUUUCUCACGCUGAUAAUAAGAUUCCUCACACUGAGGUGAAGGUUCUUCACGCUGAGGACAAGGUUGUUCACGCUGAGGACAAGGUUCCUCACGCUGAGGACAAGGUUCAUCACGCUGAAGAUAAGGUUCCUCACGCUGAUGAUAAGAUUCCAAGGUUCCUCACGCUGAGGACAAGGUUCUUCACGCUGAGGACAAGGUUCCUCACGCUGAGGCCAAGGUUCAUCACGCUGAAGAUAAGGUUCCUCACGCUGAUGAUAAGAUUCCUGACGCUGAGGACAAUGUUUUCCACGCUGCGGACAGGUUCUUCACGCUGA